UACCCAAACUGUCUCCACCUGACACUAAACCACUGUGUUGGGCCUUAUUGCUAUUCUUUAAGUGUAUAUUGUAAUUUUUAUUCCACUACAUUGAUCUGUUAACUUUAGUUACCAGUUACUUUGCAGACUGCAUGCAUGGGAUAAGGUGCACGUGUACACAAAUAUAUAUAUAUCUUUAUGAGAUACAAAUAUAAGUACAGACUGUAAAGGGUUUAUUGUUGUUUAACUGUUUUAUUAUGUUGUUUAUAAUUGCCAGUACAAUACUUCUGAUAGAUAUUUUAAGACUUUAACCCUGGUACUUUUUGAAGCUUAUAGGUGAGUAGACUACUAUUUCUUACCAGAUUUAUUUAUUUAUUUAUUUUCACUUUUACUCAGCUGUUACUUUUGGCUACUUUUUUCACCCAGUAAUUACACUUUAAGUACAGUAUUCAAGUAAAUUGUAUUUAAUUACACUCCACCACCACUACACUAAGUAAAAACUCUUAUGUUACUUUUUCCACCACUGCUGAUGCACACAACAGCAAAAAGAAAAAGUGGCUCUUGUGGUUGAGAAGUGGUUAGUAGUUGUUUUCCAAGGAAUUACCGGCUCAUUACUUGUACAGGACUCCCAGGCAUGCGUUCACAGGAUUUUCUUUCUUUCUUUCUUUCUUUUUUGUACUUUGUAAGUCGUAGCUGGUGGGAGUGCAGUGUGUUUGGCAGACCCUGCAGCUGCUGCUGCUGGUGGUGGUGUUGGUGGUGCAGGUUUCAGUGUUGCACAGGCCGGGCCCACUGCUGCAGGUUGUCCGGUAGGGUGCCUGCCGAGCUACAAGCGUGCUGUUGAUGUCUGGAGCAGAGGAGGGGAGCGUGAGGAAUGGCUGAAAACUGACGGUGAGCUCCUGUUAGGAAACAAAAAAAAAAAAAAAAAAAAACCCAGCACGGUUCAUGACUGUCCGGUACGUUUAACUGGAGAUUUCACUACCCCUCCUCCGCACCAAACCAACCGGGACAACCGCAUUGAGAGCCACCGCUUUUUUUUUCUUGGUUGUGGCGUUACUUAAUGGGACAACGAAAACGCAAGAAAACGCAAGGUAGGCUACCGCUCCUGUCGCCAGCCCCUGCUACUUUUAUUUUCAUGGACUCGUACGACACACACACACGGGGGGCUUUGAGAAAAUGUUUCACGACAAGGUAGUAGCCCGCUCGAAGACACCGCCGGGCUGCUGACCGUGUGGACCGUGUGUCUCGGUGUGUGUCGGUGAAUGUAUGAGCAGCUCGGACGUUAGGUUUUUUGUUUUGAAAAAAAGCGUCGGUUAGGCUUCAUCUCCUCAUGCCCCAACCGACCGACCACAUGAGAAGAAGAAGAAGUCGACGUCCGGAAUAGGUUCAACCACAAAACAACCCCCCCUUCCACCCUCCUCCUCCUUCUCCACUACCUUCUUCUUUUAUUUAUUUAUUUUUUGUUGAAAAUCGCUUUUCACCUGAACCGACGAGGAGGAACAAAAUGCGUGUGGAUUUGUUCUGGAUAUGUUUGUGGUGUUUCCUUCGUCCUGGUGCCGCCGGUCAAGGGCAGUCGGCGGCCGUUUGUUCGCCCUCAUGCAGCUGCGAUGAAGAUGGGGGUGCAGACUGCUCCGGGAGAGGGCUGACCACCGUCCCGACCGGGCUCAGUGCUUUCACCUACUACCUUGACCUGAGCAUGAACAACAUCACUGAGCUUCCAGCAUAUGUAUUCAAGGACUUCCCCUGUCUGGAAGAACUGCGGCUUGCGGGGAAUGACCUGUCAUUCAUCCACCCUGAAGCCCUGUCUGGACUUCAUCAGCUCAAAGUCCUGAUGCUCCAGAAUAAUCAGCUGAAGACGGUGCCCAGUGCCGCCCUGAAGAACCUUCAGUCUCUCCAGUCUCUUCGUCUGGAUGCAAACCAUAUUACUACAGUUCCAGACGACAGUUUCGAAAGCCUUCAGCAGCUGCGUCACCUCUGGUUGGAUGAUAACAACCUGACGGAGGUCCCCAUCAGUUCUCUGAGACACCAGGCGAACCUUCAGGCUCUAACGUUGGCGCUCAACCGCAUCUCGUACAUACCAGACAACGCCUUCGCCAAUCUCACCAGUCUAGUUGUGCUGCAUCUUCACAACAACAGAAUUAAGGAGAUAGGAGACAACUGUUUUGCUGGGCUGGUGAACCUGGAGACUCUAGAUCUUAACUUCAACAACCUGAUGGUAUUUCCUAAAGCAAUAGAGGCCCUGCCUAAACUGAAAGAACUUGGGUUUCACAGCAACGAUAUUGCUUCCAUACCUGAAGGGGCCUUCCAUAACAACCCCCUGCUGCGAACCAUACAUCUCUAUGACAACCCCCUGUCAUUCGUGGGUGCUUCAGCUUUCCAGAACCUGUCUGACCUGCAUUCACUGAUGUUGCGAGGGGCCAGCAUGAUGCAGGACUUCCCCAUCCUCACGUGGACUAAUAACCUUGAGAGUCUGACCCUGUCAGGAACCAAGAUAUCGUCCAUCCCUGCUGAUCUUUGUGAGGAUCUCAAGUUGCUUCGAACACUAGACCUGUCCUACAAUGAGAUCAAGGAGUUACCGGCCCUGCAGGGAUGUGUCCAACUGCAGGAGAUAAGCUUUCAGCACAACCAUAUUCAGCAAAUUGAUAGGGACACUUUCCAAGGUCUCUCUGCUCUCCGUUUACUAGACUUGAGUAGAAAUGAAAUCAGAGUCAUCCACAGAGAUGCUUUCCUCACCGUCACCGCACUCACCAACCUAGAUCUGAGUAUGAACUCUCUGACUGUGAUUCCAACGACUGGACUGAGCGCACUCAGUCAGUUGAAGCUCUCAGGGAACCCGCAGAUGAAAAAUGUGCUGACUGCAAAAAAUCUGCCCAAACUCAGGUCCAUUUCGGUCCCGUACGCCUACCAGUGCUGUGCAUUUGUUGGAUGUGACUCAAUGACGAGUUCUUCUGAGGAAAGUGACAUAAAGAAAUCUACAGGUGGGGAGGAUGUGGAAAGAAUCUCAAUGAUUAUGCAUUGCUCUCCUUCACCAGGAGCCUUCAAGCCUUGUGAGCACUUGUUGGGUAACUGGAUGAUCCGUCUCACAGUCUGGUUCAUCUGCCUGGUGUCGCUGGUCUUUAACAGCUUGGUGCUCGUGGCCACCUUCUCCCCCACACACCAAGCUGCAGGCCACUCGCACUCCUUCACCCCGUCACUCUCUCCAGCCAGGCUGCUGAUGGGGCUGCUGGCCCUGGCCAACCUGCUCACAGGCCUGUAUGUCGGCGUGCUGACUGUGCUCGAUGUUGCUACUUGGGGCUCCUUUGCUGAGUUCGGUGUGUGGUGGGAGAUGGGGCCUGGCUGUCAAAUCACUGGAGCGCUGGCCGUCUUCUCAUCAGAGUGGGCUGUCUUGUUACUGUCACUGGCUGCCGUGGAGCGCAGUGUGGCUGUGCGGACGAUUCUCGGGAAGGUUAUGAUGUCACCCAGGAGGAAUGGCGGCAGCUACCGCGGGUGCUGGAGGGGAGAUCGGCGCUUCAGCCUGGCUGCAGGACUACUGGGGCUGCUAGCUGCUGCUGGAGCCUGCCUGCCUCUCCUUACGUCCAGUGACCAGUCGGCCUCUCCGCUCUGCCUGCCUUUUGCUGGUGGUGAGAGUCCAGCUCUGAGUGUUACAGUCGUUCUGGUGCUGCUGAACGCGCUGGCCUACCUGUUCACUGCAGCUGUCUACACCCAGCUGUACUGCCACCUGGGCAGGGUGGAGCUGGCAGAUCCAGAGCAGACGGGUGCCCUAAGACAUGUAGCCUGGCUCAUCUUUACCAACUGCAUCUUCUUCUGCCCCGUUGCCGCCUUCUCCUUCGCCCCUCUCUUGACUGGCUCUACAGCCGGCGGCCCGGAGAUCGCCAAGUCUGUCACCCUAAUUUUUUUCCCGCUGCCUGCGUGCCUGAACCCAGUGCUGUACGUCUUCUUCAGCCCGGCCUUCAGAGAGGACUGGCUGAGACUGCGUGGCCGUGGAGGUUUGAGCAGGGAAGUGAAGGCUGGUACGGAAAGUCAUGAGGACGAUGGAGGCGGAGGGUCGGAGCUCACGGAUGGAGGCUCCUCCACCCAUGUGGGCUUUGACUGUGGGGUUUACUCGCAGCUCUGUGGAGAGACAGUUGUUUGUGAGCAGUGUGAGGCUGCACUGCAUGCCAGGACCUGCUCUUCUCCCUCAUCCUCCACAGUCUGUAGACACUUGGUGAAGUCUCAUAGCUGUCCCACCCUCCUGGUGGGAGCUGCAGUCUGCCAGCGCACCGAUGGGUUUUGGGCAGACAGCGGCACGCCCUCUGCUCAGUCCGAGUAUGCAGAUGAGGGGGACUCAUUUGUGUCGGACAGCUCAGACCAGGUUCAGGCCUGUGGCAGGGCCUGCUUCUGUCAGAGCAGAGGCCUUCCUCUGGUACACUACUCAUACAACAUACCUCGAGUCAAGGACUAAGGACGCUUCAGAGUGCCAGUACGUCUGUAUGCACAGAUCUCUGUCAUGUGAAUUUAGAUGCUACAAGAAAACAUUUUUAUAUCAAACGAGAACAUGUGCCAACUACCCUACUAAAAGACUAUUCAGCGAGCACUUAUAUUUGUAAUUACUGAGUAAACAGAGAUGCAACCAAUCAUUUAAAGGGAACUUGGAAUGCUUUUUGAACUUAGGCAACAUUUCCAAGUGAGCUGAACUGAGCACAUCGUGUCACAAACUGGUCGACAAAGGAUCUCGCAAAGGAAAAUCUUGCCACCAGUGCCUGCCUCUUGCUUUCAGUUUGAUUUCAGGAUGUUGCAGUCAAAGAAUUUGCGAUUUUCUGUUUCACCUGUACUUAUAAGCUUUUUUCAUUUUAAAUUGUUAGACAUGUUGUCCUUUUUUAAAACUUCUUCACUGCAACUGUUGAUUUUAUACUUUGAUUUUUUUGUUUCUUUUUUUACAUAAAUGUAGCAAAUGUAAUAAUCAGCCUAGACUUUUCUGUGUGAAUGUAACUUCCAUGUGGUCCUCACCCACCAGGGGGGAAUAAUGUAACAUCAGCAAUAACUUCUGCCCCCACUUGCCUGUGACCGUAAUCCACCGGCGUGAGAAUGGUAUAAGUAAAUUGCAGUCUAUAAUAAACACUUCUUUGCUUUAAGUCACUAAGACAAAAAAUGUGAUAAAAGUAGCAGAUAUCACUGUUUUAGCAACAACUAUGCUUGGUGGUGGUGAAACAUUGUUAUUUAUUGUUUGAGCAGCAGGAGUGUCCGGGUAGAGACGAUUUCAGGUGUACGAACGGUGGCCUUUGAAUGAUAACAAUAUAAACUAAGCAUUCACCAAAACAACAGCAGCUCUCUAAGUUUAACUUUUCAUAAAGACCACACUGGUUUGGUCAUUAUUUUCAUUAGUCUGGAGAAUUAUUCCAGUUAUUUUAAAUCUAGGCCUUAUUUUUUGAGUUUUUGCCAUCAGGCUGUGUGAUUAGGAUCCAACUUUUUAUUUCCUAACCGCAGAGCCGCAAUGUUCCGUUUGUCAGAGGGCCAAGAGACAAAUCAAACCCAACAAACAGAAAACUUUUUUUUGGCUGACAGAACAAUUGUUGGCUCAUUGCUCUGUUGAACACAACGUGUUUUUGUUUGGUGUAAUCUGUUUUAAAUUAGAGUAUCCUGUGAUUAAAAGUAUUAAUUCCAGUCAUCACAUCAAAAAGUACAAAGGAAUUGUUUGAUAUUUUCGGAAAUGUGCUUAAAUGUUCUUGAAGCUCACUUGCACUUAACUCUGUAUGCUUAGUGUGAAGCUACAGACAGCUGCUCGUUGUCUGAGAUUAGCAAACAGACUGGAGGAGGAGGGAAACAGCUAACCUGUUUAAUCUAUUCAAAACCUGAAGGAUUAAACAAACGAGAUAUCAUGUGGUGAUCAGUGAGCUUUAGAUGUGCUGGUGGGUGGAUUAAGUCACUUUUGGACUGUCGGACUGUUUCCCAUGGGGCUCAGACUUGAUGCUAAGCUAAGUUAACUGCUGUAGUUAACUGUAGCUCCAUAAUUAGCAUACAGAUCAAGUUGGAUCGUUAAUCUUAUCUAACUGGGCACGAGGCUUUGGUUUCAUUUCGCCCCACAAAUCGUAGAUAAUAACUGUAGUUGUAAGGACUAUAAUUGCUGUAAUGAUAAUAAUGAUAUUAAUAAUAGCAGAAUUUGGUUCGAUUCUUAUCAAUCGGGAAAGCCAAAACAAGAAACCAACUGUACUCAUGCCAGUUGAUCUUAUGAGAAGAGUAAUGGCUGACGUACGAUUCUGGUUGAUUUUAAACACAAUCUGGCUCGUAAGCAACAAGUUAAACACAUGAAAGCCUUCCAAGUCAAACACGUGAAUGUAAUCCCACUCUUCCACUUCUUCCAAUUUAAAUGUGAAGGCAGCACAAGACUGGCAGCCAGCUGAGUCAACAAGUAAAAGUACACGCGGAGCCAAAAAGUAUGAAACGGAGCAUUAUAAUGGAAAUGUGGGUGAUCGUUAUUCAACCACAGAUAUUUAAAGACAAGUAUCUGCAGUUUUUCGUGUUUGCGUGCUAUGUGGGCAGUCUGUGUACCUGUCAAGGUUCUUGGAGCUCUACAGUGAACUAAUUGUCCAAAUUAUAACCAGAAUAAAUCGGCAUGAAAGCAGUAGAAUAAGGCCUAUGAUUUGAAAUAAUAAGAAUUAUCUUUAAUUCACUGCCUCCAGAGUGACUCAAACAUGUUGCUCUUCUGCUCUCUUUACUUCUGCUGUCUCCUGUAUAACCCUGUUUUAUUUUACAGCUCAUCAGAAGAGCAUUAUUGUAUUGUAAAGGACAUAAUGCAGAUCUCUUCCCACCCCGAGAGCUGACCUGAGUGAGACUGUGUGACGAGGGAUUGACUGAUGUUCGGUGUGCUGGAGCGUGACUGCACACAGUAAAGGUGGAUACACCCUUGGUGCAUGUAUCCACAAGUGCACGUCAUGUGAGUGCUCAGGAAUUUAGGCGAUGUAGAGAAACGUUUCCUUCCACCAGCGAGACAUUCUCGUGUCCUCGUAAUGCACCAUUUAAUUUUAAUCUUUUGGGUUUUAUUAUCUGUAUUCAUGCAGGCGUUGUCUCGACUGGGUGUGUCAAUACUUGCACCAACCAAAAUGUCCGUUGAUUGUCUGAGAUGUCUGAUGUCCCAUCUGGUGAAAAUGUACAAAAGUCCUUAAGUAGUUUGGUUUCUGUUUUUUUUUUUUGUUGUUGUUGUUUCGUUUUUGUAUUUGUAUGUAAAUUAUUUGAAAACAAGUAAUCAAAAAUGGGAUGCUAACUAAGGAAGCUACCUCCUCAACUGUAGUGGCUACCAGCAGUGCUUUGUAAAUGAAAAGUUUGUUUUUAUUUGUUUUUUUUGUUUUUUUUUUUGGUUGUACAUCAUAAUUUUAGAUAAGCGCAAAUUGUGGGAGGAAUCUUAUGUACUGUAUACUGUGAUUUUUUUUUUUU